UCCUCGUCAUCCUUCCAGACCUAGUGUAUUUAGCUUGUGUGUUCCUGCCUCUCGUUACCAGUUCGUCUAAGUUUCCUCCGUGUUCUAACAUUCCAGCGAUCUCCGGACGGACUCCGGACUGCUGCUCGUCAACUUUGUCAAAGCAUCCAGAGGAUCAUAACUCUUGCAGGUUCAUUUUUUGAUUGUUGAGGAAGGAUGAAACUCAUCUUUGCUCUUCUGGUCAUCCUUCCCUUGGCCUUUCCCUCAGAGGGAAGUGAAAUCUCGGUCACCAAUGGAGGUCGCUGGGGCGACUGGGGUGAGAUGGUGAUGUGUCCCCACUCUUAUCGUGCUUUAGGCUUCAAUCUUAAGGUGGAAAGAAGUCAACGCAAGGGAGAUGACACCGCACUCAAUGGGAUCGGACUCCUGUGUCAACACACAGAACACCAUAACCUCAAUUACACCAUAAGUUCAUCCGAAGGAGGAUGGGGGAGUUGGACCACUUACCAGGAUUGUGGCUCUGCAUAUCUUGUGUCCUUCGCUCUCCGUGUGGAAGUUUUCCAAGGAAAAGGAGAUGACACCGCUGCCAACAACAUCCAGUUCAGCUGCAGCAAUGGAAGGGUUCUGUCUGGUGAUGGCAUGUCCUGGGGUGGCUGGGGGAGCUGGAGUGGUUGGUGCUCUAAGGGAAUCUGUGGCAUUAUGACCAGGGUGGAGAGACCACAGGGCAAGGGAGAUGACACUGCCCUGAAUGAUGUCAAAUUUAGAUGCUGUUAGUGAAGUAACCUGGAUGAGGAUGAUGCCGUACAAUGAAAAGCUGUACCUCAGCAGUUAACCGUAGCUUUCGGGUUUAUAGAUCCACAGUAGGUGCCCUCUCUCCAUUGGCUGUCUGACUGGUUCUACAGUAAAAUGCUGUUAAUUAUUGUUUGUACCAUCAUCUUCAAUUCUAUCAAUAAAGGGUCUGAAGCAUUA